GCUUACUUAGAAUAAUCAUAUGAUACAGUUGGACAAGAAAUAUAACAGAAACUAGAUAUUAAUUAAUUACAUUACUAAUUUAAGUGUCAAUUUAACUUUUAUUUUAAUAAAUGCCAUAAUUUAUACUCCUAUACGUUCUACACGGUAAUCGUAGGUUGUUAAAAAUAAGGCCUAGAGCUCAGCUCCACAGAAUGGCAUUCCCUUUUAAAAUCAAUACAUCAAAAUGGAUGACUCUUGUAAAUUUCAACAAAUGCAAGAUGAAAUGUCCAGAUUUGAAGCAGAGAUUUCUGGGUCGGGAGGACCAUCUAUGCGUCCUGUGAUAGGCGCAGCUACAUUUGGAGCCGUACAACAACAACUUGAGCGGUCAUUACCUCCCCCACCACCACCACCAGCUUUAUUAGCAUCGUUUGACCAUAGUGUUUUAAGUGCCAGGAUGAUAUUCCCUACUGGUGCCCCACCUCAACCCCCACAGUCUAUGAUGGUACCUGCCUCUGUUCAAAGACUUCGUCCGCCAAGUGGGCCAGGAGACUAUACUGCGCCUAUACCUUUCCUAAGACCUGGACUUCCAGGACCACAACUGAUUCCUCCCCCUCCUGCACCACCAAAGCCACAACCAGUUAUUUUAUCAGCUGCACCCAAGUUAUAUAAACAGCCCAAAGAUGAUGAUGAUAAAAAAGAAAGCAAGAAAAAGAAGCGGUCUCGUCCAAUAACUCCACCUCCAGAAAUUGAAAAGCCUUUAACUCCCCCUCCAGCUCCACAGCCGUUGCCUGUACCUGUUUCGGUGUCUGAGACUUUGGUGCCUAAGGCAAAGAAAGAGAAAAAACAUAGAAAGGUGGUAAGGACAGCAGGUGGUCAGGUGUGGGAGGACGUGACGUUAUUGGACUGGCCUGAUGAUGACUUUCGCAUGUUCUGUGGGGAUCUUGGAAAUGAUGUCACAGACGAGUUACUGGCUAGAACAUUUGGAAAGUACAGUUCGUUUCAACGAGCUAAAGUCAUCAGAGACAAGAGAACUAACAAAAGCAAGGGUUUUGGCUUUGUCAGUUUCAAGGAUCCCGGAGAUUUCAUUAAGGCUAUGAAGGAAAUGGAUGGUCGAUAUGUAGGUAGUAGACCCAUUAAAUUGCGCAAGAGUACGUGGAAGAAUCGCGCCCUUGACGUCGUCAGGAAGAAGGAGAAGGAGAAGGCGGCUCUACUCUCUCUACUCAUGUCGGCGAAUAAAAGUUGACAUAAUUGACAUUAAAUGAUAGAAAUAAACAAUUUUGUGCUUAA